CCUCAGCUUCAGCGGAGAUCGGACUCAAAAGGGAUAAUAAAUUUCCCAUUGAAUUGCUCAACAAUAUGCGAACAACAGCGUUGCUGCUGCCGCUUGUGGCCCUAGUGGCCGCCCUCCAUAUUGAUGGUGGCAUGGCGCAUGUGGUGCCAUUAACACUGCCAGUGGCAGGUACGUAUUUGGUAGCACAGCCGUCGCCAGUUCUGUUGCUGGUGCAGCCGCCAGAGGAUGAUGGCAGCUAUAAGCCGCCAAAUGGCGCUGAUGAUGGACUGUGGAAGCCGCAGCCAGGCUUGGAGGGCGAAUAUGUGGAGUCCUCUACGGGAGAUAGCAACGCGAUUGAAGAGGCGCAGAUAAUUAACAACGCUGCCUCUGCGGCUGCUAAUGCUGCUGAUGAGGCUGGUUCAAGUGUGGUAGAUGCUGCUGCGGCUGCUGCUGGCGACGAAGGUGGAGCCAAUGGUGCCGGUGGUGGUGGCGGUGGUGGCGCUGGACAGGCCGGGCAAGCCGGUGGCAUAUUGGGUGGCGCUGGUGGCAGUGGCGGUUCUGGUGGUGAUGGUAGCGCUGGUGGGGGCGGAGCUGGAGGUGGCGGCGGUGGCGGUGGUACAGUUACAUCCGGCGAAAGCGGCCAAAAUGGAGAGCCCGGUGCACCAAGUCCAGCUGGCCCACAGCCGGAUGGCGAAGAUGGUACGGAUGGUGCAGAUGGACCCGACGGACCGGACGGAUCCAAGGGCGGCAAAGGAGGCAAAGGCGGAAAGGGAGCUCGCAAUGGCGCCGGAGGCGGCGGUGGUGCUGGUGGCGCUGCACCUCAGCCUGCACCGACUCCUGUUGUGCUUCCGGCACCCGUCUGGCAACAGCCUGAACUCAAUUUGAUUGCCGUGGUCUAACCAACCGUCCUGUGCCUUCUGCUGCCAGUUUCACGUAGUCAUUUAAGUCUCUAUUAGCCAUAGGACUAGUCAAUUGUGUCAGAACCAAGCAAACGAAUAUUAAAAUUCGAGAAUGCCCAAAACGCAAC